AUGAUUCCACCGGGUGGGUACGUUGACAAUGCCUGGACUCUUCUGUGCGCUGGAUUUCUGGGCGUGCUGUGGAAAAUAGGACUCCCAGGCGUCAAGCGCCUUUGGUUCGAAUUCUCUGGUAUGACCGACAACGCGAAAAGACUUGGUCUACGUGGACAGAGCCAGUACUACUACGUUUUCAGUCUCGGCACCGAGCAUGAACAUCGUGGCAAAGGCCUCGCCAAAGCGAUCAUGCGGGAUCACCAGCAGGCCGCUCAAGCCGCGAACCUUCCGAUCUGGCUCGAAGCAACAUCUACAGGGUCGCGCGCUCUCUAUCUGUCGAUGGGGUUUGAGGAAAUCGAAGAGAUUCGGCUUGGGAAGGGCAAGGUCGCUGCUGAUGCUAGCCCUCAGCCUGAUGGGCCAGGAGUCUCCCUUUGGGCGAUGGUGUGGUGGCCAACCCCAACUCCUGAAGCUACUCCCUAG